AUGAGCGGCGGCGGCGCGGGGCCGGGCCCGGGCUCGGGGUCCUCCUCGGCCGCCUUCCGCUUCGCGCACUACUUCGUGCUGUGCGGGAUCGACGCGGACAGCGGGCUGGAGCCUGACGAGCUGGCGGUUUUGUACCAAUGGCUAGAAGCAGAUCGUCAUGGCCACAGCCAAGAUGCUGCCAAUACGACCUCAGGUGAAAAUUUUGACCAGAGUCCUUUGAGAAGAACAUUCAAGUCCAAAGUCCUGGCCCACUACCCGCAGAGUGUGGAAUGGAACCCUUUCGACCAGGAUGCAGUGAGCAUGCUGUGCAUGCCCAAAGGACUGUCCUUCCGAACUCAAGCCGACGAGAGGGAGCCUCAGUUCCACUCGUUCAUCAUCACCCGGGAGGACGGCUCCCGCACCUACGGCUUCGUGCUGACCUUCUUCGAGGAGGUGGCCAGCAAGCAGAUCUGCACGGCCAUGCAGACGCUCUACCAGAUGCACAAUGCCGAACAGCAGGGCAGUGCCUCGUCCUCCUGCAGCCUGGACUCGCUGGCCAGCAGCCUGGACGACGGGGACGCCAUGUCCCUGCAGAAGCUCCAGCGCGACAACUCCUAUGACAUCACCAGAGACACCCUGUACGUGUCCAAGAGCAUCUGCCUCAUCACACCGCUGCCCUUCAUGCAGGCCUGCCGCAAGUUCCUCUCCCAGCUUCACCGCGCUGUGACCUCUCAGCAGCCCCCGCCCCUGCCGCUCGAGAGCUACAUCCACAAUGUCCUCUAUGAGGUGCCGCUGCCGCCCGCGGGCCGGUCCCUCAAGUUCUAUGGGGUGUAUGAGCCCAUCAUCUGUCAGAGGCCGGGGCCCGACGAGCUGCCACUGUCCGACUACCCGCUGCGGGAGGCGGUGGAGCUGCUGGGGCUGGAGAACCUGGUGCAGGUGUUCACCUGUGUGCUGCUGGAGAUGCAGAUCCUGCUCUACUCGCAAGAUUACCAGCGCCUGAUGACUGUGGCUGAGGGCGUCACAGCCCUCCUGUUCCCUUUCCAGUGGCAACAUGUCUACGUGCCCAUCCUCCCCGCCUCCCUGCUGCAUUUCCUCGAUGCUCCAGUCCCCUACCUGAUGGGUCUUCAGUCAAAAGAAGGAACUGACCGCUCCAAACUAGAACUUCCUCAGGAGGCCAAUUUGUGUUUUGUGGACAUUGACAACCACUUCAUCGAGUUGCCAGAGGAAUUCCCCCAGUUCCCCAACAAAGCAGCUUUCAUCCAGGAGCUCUCCGAGGUGCUGCUCCAGUUCGGGAUCGCGCCCGAGGGCCGGCUGCAGGACAGCGAGAGCGCCACCAAGCUGCAGAGCUUGGUCCUGAGCGACCUGGUCAUCGACAAGAAGAACGGCAACGUGGCCCCCAAUGACAUCAACGUGUACAACCUGCUGCAGGGCAACGAGACCCUCGCCCGCCUGCACGCUCUGGCUAAGCGGACCGGGGUGGCCGUGGAAAGCAUGAGCCUGCCCAGCUCCCUGGGUGACAAGGAUGUGAAACUGCAGUGCGAGGGGGCCGAGCUGCGGGACCACCAGCUCAAUGUGCAGCUCCGGGAGGUGUUUGCCAACCGCUUCACACAGAUGUUCGCAGACUACGAGGCCUUCGUCAUCCAGACGGCGCAGGACAUGGAGUCCUGGCUGACCAACCGCGAGCAGAUGCAGAACUUUGACAAAGCCUCCUUCCUGUCUGACCAGCCGGAACCAUACCUGCCCUUCCUUUCACGCUUCAUUGAAACACAGAUGUUUGCCACCUUCAUUGAUAAUAAAAUCAUGUCUCAGUGGGAAGAGAAGGAUCCUCUGCUGCGAGUCUUUGACUCCCGGAUUGAGAAGAUCCGACUAUACAAUGUGAGGGCGCCCACCUUGAGGACAUCCAUCUACCAGAAGUGUAGCACCUUGAAGGAAGCAGCCCAGUCAAUUGAGCAGCGACUGAUGAAAAUGGAUCACACUGCGAUCCACCCACAUCUGCUGGACAUGAAAAUUGGUCAAGGCAAAUACGAGCAAGGCUUCUUUCCAAAGUUGCAGUCUGAUGUCUUGGCAACAGGACCAACUAACAACAACCGCUGGGUCAGCCGCAGCGCCACCACUCAGCGCAGGAAGGACCGACUCCGCCAGCACCCCGAGCAUGUGGGACUGGAUAACGACCUCCGAGAGAAAUACAUGCAAGAAGCACGAAGCUUAGGAAAAAACCUGAGGCAACCCAAACUGUCAGACCUCUCUCCCGCAGUGAUCGCACAGACCAACUCCAAGUUUGUCGAAGGCUUAUUGAAAGAAUGCAGGAUGAAGACCAAGCGCAUGCUGGUGGAGAAGAUGGGCCACGAGGCUGUGGAGCUGGGUCACGGGGAGGCCAACAUCACCGGCCUGGAGGAGAACACCUUGAUUGCCAGCCUCUGUGACCUGCUGGAAAGGAUAUGGAGCCACGGCCUGCAGGUCAAGCAGGGGAAGUCAGCUUUGUGGUCCCACUUAAUUCAAUUCCAGGACAGAGAAGAGAAGCAGGAACACCUUGCCGAAUCCCCAGUGGCCCUUGGACCAGAAAGAAGGAAAUCUGACUCCGGAGCCGUGUUGCCAACGCUGAGGGUCUCUCUCAUCCAGGACAUGAGGCACAUCCAGAACAUGAGCGAGAUCAAGACUGACGUGGGGCGCGCACGGGCCUGGAUACGCCUAUCUCUGGAAAAGAAGCUCUUGUCCCAGCACCUCAAGCAGUUGCUCUCCAACCAGCUGCUCACCAAGAAGCUCUACAAGCGCUAUGCUUUUCUUCGUUGUGAGGAAGAAAGGGAGCAGUUCCUCUAUCACCUUCUUUCGCUCAAUGCCGUGGACUACUUCUGCUUCACCAGCGUGUUCACCACCAUCAUGAUUCCGUACAGGUCGGUGGUCAUCCCCAUCAAGAAGCUGAGCAACGCCAUCAUCACGUCCAACCCUUGGAUCUGCGUCUCAGGGGAGCUCGGGGACACGGGCGUCAUGCAGAUCCCCAAAAGCCUGCUGGAGAUGACCUUUGAGUGCCAGAACCUGGGGAAGCUGACAACCGUCCAGAUUGGUCACGAUAACUCAGGACUUCUGGCCAAAUGGCUCCUGGACUGUGUCAUGGUCAGAAAUGAAAUCACAGGACACACCUACAGGUUCCCAUGUGGGCGCUGGCUGGGGAAGGGUGUCGAUGAUGGCAGCCUGGAGAGGAUUCUGAUAGGAGAACUAAUGGUGUCGGCGGCAGAAGAGGACCUGGCCAAGCAGUGCCGGACGCCCCCCCAACAGAAAUCACCCACGACGGCCCGGAGACUGAGUGUCACCUCGCUGACGGGAAAGAACGCCAAGCCCAAUGCGGGGCAGAUCCAAGAGGGAAUCGGGGAAGCUGUGAACAACAUCGUGAAACAUUUUCACAAGCCUGAGAAAGAGAGGGGGAGCCUCACGGUGCUGCUGUGUGGUGAGAACGGGCUGGUGGCGGCCCUGGAGCACGUCUUCCAUCACGGCUUCAAGUCUGCCCGCAUCUUCCACAAGAAUGUCUUCAUCUGGGACUUCAUAGAGAAAGCGGUUGCUUAUUUUGAAACCACUGACCAGAUUCUAGACAGUGAAGAUGACGUCCUCCUCCAGAAGUCAUCCAGCAGAACUUUCUGCCACUAUGUCAGCGCCAUCAACACCGCGCCCAGGAGCAUCGGGAAGGAUGGCAAAUUCCAGAUCUUAGUUUGCCUGGGAACACGGGACCACCUGCUCCCACAGUGGAUCCCGCUGCUGGCCGAGUGUCCCGCCAUCGCUCGCAUGUACGAGGAGAGCGCCCUGCUGCGAGACCAUAUGACUGUCAACUCCCUCAUCCGCGUCCUGCAGACCAUUCAGGACUUCCCCAUCGUCCUGGAAGGGUCCCUCAUCAAAGGAGUGGAUGUGUGACCCCGUGGCUAGGACCUCAGUCCAGACCUUGGUUCCCGAGCCUCCCCCUCUACAGCACCGACUGAACAGCUCACGAGCCUCCCGGGGGAGCGGCCCCCACCGGAACAGCCCUGGCGCUGCAGACAAGGCAAAACACUGUAUUGUAGUUCAUUUGAACCUGGAAUUUAGUAUAAAAUAGAGUAUUUUCAUGUGGUAGAUGUGUGUAAAUAUGCUCUCUUCUUGAAGAAAUUAUAUUACUCUAAUAAGAUACUUUUCUUAGAUUGAAUAUUCCUGUGACUUAAAAUUAGUAGCUUAAAAGCAUAGGGAGCUGGGGGUGGGGGCAGAGUGGCGCUAGUCAGGAACAAGCCCGGAAACCUGUCAACACAGUGAACCUGCGGCUUCCACGCCUCUGACUGUGAAUGUAAACGGCAUCAUCUACAAGCGGGGCGUCCUCGCUGGUAUCUUUUAAGUUACAGAUGAUUUCAUACAAUUGAAUUGAGUCAUUCUCCAGGCUUUUGGGAAAAAACUUCCAUCCACAAGAUGAAGCUGUAAUUCAGAUAUCUGAGUCCUGACCCCAAGGAGCUUGGCUGAAGAACUGGCAGGAGAACACACGGAGCGCCGAGAGUGUAUUACGUGGUGGGAUUAUAACUUCUUUACACUGUGGAAGAUUAGCCCGGACUCACUUCAUUCUUGGCAUUUUUACUCUUAUUAUUUGAGGUACUUUGGGGAGAUACGAGUUUCACAGUGUUGGCCUCGACAUCUGAAGGACCAGAAACAGCAAUAGUAUCCAGUCCUUUCCUUCACUGUCCUCCCAUCAGGAGCCUGCCUGGCGCCCCUCAGGAAAGCAGGGCCAUCCAGCAUGGGUGCCCCGCCUGCCUCUCCUGCCUGCCUCUCCUGCCCGUCCCCCCAGGAAGUGACAGGAGUGUGGGGUGGAGGAGAGGCCUUCCUGGGCUUGGAACCUUUUUGUGAAGGUGUUUGUUGACUGUGAAAAUGAAAAUAACAGGAGGGGAAGAAAGAACCAGCCCUCUGUGGGGGUUCAGGGCCAGACUUAGGCCUUCUAAGAGCUGGUGUCAGGGCACAGACUUGGAAAAUGAAACGAAAGCAGAGCCUCAGUUGGAGAGAGCAAGGGCUGUGAGUGGCUGCAGCUGGGCGUUUUCUCAGGAAGUCCCAUAGAUGCGGCAGCUGGUCACCUCAGCCAGGGCUGCUGCCUGACACCCCUCCCCAGGUGGCCUGGGGCUUGGGAGGAAGAGCUGCAUUGAGGGAAAAGCAAUGAGGAAGGGUGCUGGCCUACUCGCAUCAGACCAGUGAACAGAAACCGCGGAAGAACCCACCUAGGAUUUAUGCUGGUCAGCCUUCCCAUAGGCUGUGCUCCUGACAAGCUGGGAAGGCCGACAGAGGACAGUUACAGCCUCCUUGUCUUGUGGGUGGGAACGCAUAAGAGAUUCAGUGCUGCCCCACAGCUGGCCAGUCACCACACAGGUCUAACUCGCAUCUUUCGGUUACACCAGGCUGUGUGAGGUCAGCCUCCAGGACACUCAUAUCAGUGGUAUUUUUACCCUUGGAUCUUGAUUGACCCAGCUACACAGCUAGGAAACAAGGAUCAGCACUCUUUGUGAUUAUCAUGCAUAAACAUUAAUAUUCAUUUAACAAAUUGUUCCCCAGUGAUUGAGAAAGGGUAUCUCUUGUGAAAACUAAGAGCAAAAUUGGAUUUGGGAGUCUGCGGAUAAAUCCAUUACUUUAAAAAGUAAUAGCCCCCAAAAUAGUUAAUCUUCCAGUAUCCUCCCACUCUGCUUAGCGGGGUGACUGAUUUCAGAAGAAAGAAACUCACAGGAACUGACAUCCAGGGAGGCCAGGUGCUGCUGGGGCUCCAAACAGCCAGCUUCCACUCCCAGCUCCCAAAGGCACCUCCAGCCCCCAUGCCUGGUCCUGGCGGGGGCAAGUCUUGGCCUUUCAGAAGACACUUAGCACUCAUAAACAACAAAAGCCCAAAGGGUCUAAGAUGAUAAACAAGAAGGAUAUAGCAUAAGCUACAUCUGGGGCUCACCUGAGAUGUCAUUAUAAAGAAAUAAGACUCAGGCCUGUUCUAUCUGACCCGGGCUCGCAUGUUUUGAGGGCAGCAGUGGAAUCCUUGGAGAAAAUGUACCGAGCCCUCCAGGGAAGCUGACUUGGGAUGACCAUACACAUGGCCUCUCUGCCCUGCCAACUUUCCAAGUUAGCAUUUGGUUCUAUGGUCGCACCUCAAGGUGAAAGUAAAUGAAAGUCAAUUUUAAUUGACCCCCCCCCAAACAAACUAAAAGGAAUGCUGAGAACCAUUACUAGUGUUAGUAGCGUAAGAAGUAGUUUUAAAGUUAAUUUGCCACAAACAUUACCUCUUGAGUUUUCCAGUGUCCUGGAGGCCUAGUUGGCUGUGCUCCAUGGCAAUGCCCUCGUUGCUGUGUAGGACCUAAGGCGGGGCUGGUUCACCAGCACCGCAGGCUACGCAGCCCAGUGUGACCUGUGCGUGAGGGGCUCCAGAUGGGGAGCUCCAAGCCCUGCCCACCUCCUUCUGCCGGGCCAGAGUUGAUACAGAAACCCAAAAUUUGCAAAAGUUUGUCAUUUCCCUCUAAAAUGUACUUUAAAUGUUUCAUGUUUUUGUCCUUUUGUGACCCUGUGGUGUUUACUUUAGAGUGAUAUUUUUUUAAUCACUUUAAUGAGGUUCUGUCGCACUAUGUGGAUGAUAUGGGCACUGGACAGCCUGCUUCCUCUUUCAGCAAUAAAGCUCUGUUGUUGUAAAUGGGUGUGGAAAGGGGGAGAGACUGUCCCUCCCAGCCCGGUGAGCCUGUGCUGACACCUCUAAGACAUUUGGAAACAUGUGGCCAUAGGCCAGGACGAGCUUUGAGUGUCCCUCUUCAUGAUGAAGUAACUUCUGCUAAGAAUUGUGACUUUUCAGUAGACUUUCACUUAGAGAACUGUGAGUAUUUUCUCUGUAAGGUUUACAGAAACUAGUCUAUCCUCACCUUGCCAAGGGGCUGUCUGAAGCACAGCUGCUUCUUUUUCAGUGUUAACACACCUUCACUACUUGAGAACGGAGGCUUGAGCUCUUCUCUACUUUUAUAAAGCGUACCCGGUCUCCCAAUCAUCCAGGUCUUUUAAAGCUUACAAGUAUUUGUUUCUUCUAUGAGUAUUUCGUCCAUGACCAUUUAGCAUAAAAAUACAAAUAAAAAAUAGCUGACAAGGUAGGGUCCCUUAUUCCUACCAAAAUGCAUUAAGCUGAUGUCCAAGCUUUUGGAAGACGGGGCUGAUGGGUGUGAUGAGAAGACUUAUCAGAGCUGACCGUCCUUGCAAGCAUACAUUUUGAUAGGCUUCAGAAAGAAAAUGCUGAGCAAUUAAUACCAGAGUGAAAAAAAAUCACAAAAUGUGUUCUCAUUUGGAGGAAUCCAGGGUAUCCUUGGGUUAUGGGCAGGAAUCACAUCUAGUCCAGUUACCUGAAUGUAUGUGUGUGGCGCCUGUCCUUAUUCCCAGCACCACAUCUGUUCCCAGUAGAGCGGUAUGGAAAGGUGUUUCUGUUGUCAAGCCAAUGAAGGUGUUCAACAUACAGAAAAACUCUGUGCCACGCCUGAGCCAUGUAGAAAUGUGUCCUGUGUAUCUUUUUUUUUUAAAAUGAGCAUUUCUGCAUUUAAAUUAUAUUGUUUUUCUUUGUGUUGUUAACAAAAUGCACCAUAACUGGAUUUUCUUUUCCUCAUCUGAACAUAAUAUAAAAUGUAAAGAGUAUUGUGAUAUCCUGCACUUUAACAUACAUAUCAGAGAAACUCACCUGGGUUUUUCAGGUUUUGGAGUACAUUUAAAUAUGACUUUUCAUGCUUUGUUCUUUACAAAUAAAACUGUG